CUCUCGCCAUAUUUUCAAGCCCGUGAAUCCCGGUGUGUUGUGCCUCCAAGUUGAGCAGAAGAAUCCUUCGCACCAGGCAACAUCAAGCGUGACCCGUUUCAAAGUCCACGUUAGUUUCUCAGCUGUGUCUCUGUUAUUUUUCUUUUCGCAGCUAUGAACAUCUUCAGGCUCACAGGAGAUCUUUCUCAUCUGGCUGCUAUCAUCAUCCUGCUACUCAAAAUAUGGAAAAGCAGGUCGUGUGCAGGCAUCUCUGGAAAGAGCCAAAUUCUGUUUGCUCUCGUGUUCACCACACGUUACUUGGAUCUGUUCACCUCUUUCAUCUCCCUGUAUAACACAUGCAUGAAGGUGAUCUACAUCGGUUGCGCAUAUGCCACCGUAUACCUAAUCUACGCGAAGUUCAGGGCCACCUACGAUGGAAACCACGACAGUUUCAGAGUGGAGUUCCUGGUGGUUCCUGUCGGGGGUCUUUCUGUUCUCAUUAACCAUGACUUCUCUCCCCUGGAGAUCCUGUGGACGUUCUCCAUCUACCUGGAGUCGGUGGCAAUUCUGCCUCAGCUCUUCAUGAUCAGCAAGACCGGGGAGGCUGAGACGAUCACCACCCACUACCUGUUCUGCCUGGGGCUGUAUCGGGCCCUUUACCUCUUCAACUGGAUCUGGCGUUUCUACUUUGAGGGCUUCUUUGACAUGAUUGCCAUAGUGGCUGGUGUGGUCCAGACUGUCCUCUACUGUGACUUCUUCUAUCUUUAUGUCACCAAAGUGUUGAAAGGCAAGAAGCUGAGCCUGCCAGCGUAAAAAAGCAUGGAAGGAGACGGCGGCUCCGAGCAGACUCAGGGGGUGUGGAGAGGAAGUCAUGGAUUCUCAUGACCUGUAGUAAAGGACGCCUGAGACAGAGAGCCAACUAUCGGGGGAAAAAACACUAGUCUUCUUGAUGAUUACUGAUGGAACUGGUAAAUGCCAACAAACACCAGAGCUGAACAAAGAUCAGUCCAGAUCAACUAUUGGAUUUCUGUGUUCAGCAUCUUGCCUUAAGCUUUUUUUCAUUGCUGUUCAAAUAGGAGAAAAGGAUUUGGUUUAUUUUGGGGUUUUUUGUUUGUUUUUUUUGCUACAUGU